AGAACUGAGCCGGUCCAUUCGCGAGCGCUGGUUUCAGUUUCCCGCCCACGCACAAGAAGGACAAAAUUAAAGUAGCACGCACUCACUCUCUCUUUCUCUCCCUUCACUCCGAGCUGCGAAAAAAAGGACUUGCGGUUGAAUCGGCAAAGCUGAGGUCUUUGUCCUAGACGCGCCACCAUGAACAACUACCAUGUAUACGAGGCCAUCGGCCGUGGCAAGCACUCCACUGUUUACAAGGGAAGGAUGAAGAAGUCGAUCGAGUAUUAUGCCAUCAAGAGCGUCGACAAAUCCCAGAGGUCGAAGAUCCUCCAUGAAGUGAAGAUGCUUCAUGGCUUGUACCAUCCAAAUAUUUUAAAAUUCUAUUCUUGGUAUGAAAGCUCGGCUCACCUUUGGCUGAUACUUGAAUACUGCGUUGGUAGAGACCUAAUGAGUUUACUGAAGGAGGAUGGGCGACUUCCGGAAGACUCAAUACAUGACUUGGCUCAUGAUAUCGUCAAGGCUGUCCAGUUUCUUCACUCAAAAGGAAUACUUUACUGUGAUUUAAAGCCAUCAAACAUUUUACUAGAUGAAAAUGGACAUAUAAAGCUCUGUGAUUUUGGUUUGGCAAUAAGGCUAAAUGAAAUAGAGAAAAAUUCUCGUGACAUGGUGCUACAGGCCAAGCGAGGCACUCCUUGCUAUAUGGCUCCGGAGCUUUUUAAGGAUGGAGGAGUGAAUUCUUAUGCUUCUGAUUUUUGGGCACUAGGUUGUGUAUUGUAUGAAUGCUUUGCUGGAAAGCCUCCUUUUGUAGGAGAUGAAUUUACUAAGUUGGCAAAAUCUAUUCUCUUAGAUUCUACCCCAGAUCUUCCUAAUAAUCCGUCUGACGCUUUUGUGGAUUUGGUCAAUAGUUUGUUAAUUAAAAAUCCAUCAGAAAGGUUAAGUUGGCCUGAACUUUGUGAACAUAGAUUUUGGCGAACUAAGCUCACAUCUGUUUCUCUACCUCCUCAGCAUGCUUUCAGUAACAUGCUUCACUUAUCUGCUAAAUCAUUGCUUACAGAAAGAAAUGGUGAAAGACCUUCACAGCAGAGCACACCUUCAAAAGGCCGACAAAACAAUGCAAAUGAUGGAAGUUCUUCUAAAAGGAAAAAGAUAUUUGAGACACCUCCGAAAAAUUCAAACUUCACACGGAAAGUCCAAGUUAAAGCUGCUGAUGCAGUCACUGAAGAUAAGAGAAAAGUUGUUCAAAAUGCUGGAAAGGAUAUCAAUAUUCUUAGACUUUCAAGGUUGGCAAAAUUGAACCUUCAAAGAGAGAAGGAAAAGGAAAACUACAGGAUUCCUCUUCCUAGAGAAUGUGAGAACAAUGCUGAAGUGAAAAUCGAUAACAUUGACAUGGAACUUGAUUUUAGUGAAAUCCCGGAGGAUGAUCCAUCUGAUGAAACUGAUGCUUCUGAGAAUCCUGCUAUUUGUCUUAGUGAAAAACCUCCCAUAGAUAAUUCCAUUCCGGAUACUCGAGCAACAGAGAACGACUUAAGCCAACAAGAUGCAACUUGUGAUAUUUGUGUAAUGCCUGAAGGCUCAAAGAAACCUGAGAAUGAUUCUCAUUCUGAAAAAAAUGAAAUUGGUGCUACUCCUUCAAGUGUCUAUCUUCAAAGAAUGGGCCAUCGCUCUAAAGCAACUUCUGCAGCUGACCCUGAUACAGAGUCAUCUAGGAUUUCUUCUAAUAUCUUUGAAGUAUUUUGGCAUCCUACAGAUCUCUCAGUCAAGCCCGUGAUGCCUAGCCGUAAGGGCAGCAAAACAUCGGAUGCAAUUCCGUCUCUUUCUUUUGAAGUUGUAACAGCAUCUGAAUAUGUUAAGUUGCUGCCUGAACAGUUAAGCGCUCUUAAUACUCAAAUAAUUCAUGGUCUCAAUGGGAGCCCUCAAAAUUCAGAGAAAAUUAUCAAAUACUUAGAAAUAUUAAGUUCAAAUUCUGAUGCCGCAAAUCUAAUAAUGAAUGGAGCAAUAAUGCUGUCACUUGUAAAGAUGCUGCGGCAUCCAAAGUCAUCCAUACUGCGUGCGCAGAUUGCAUCAGUGGUAGGCUUAUUUAUUCGCCAUUCCACUUACAUUGAAACUGAGUUAGCAAGUUCUGGUAUUAUAGAUGCACUCGUACAUGGAUUAAGGGAUAAGCAAGACAAAGUGAGGAGGUUCUCUAUGGCCGCAUUGGGAGAGCUGCUUUUCUAUAUAUCUACGCUGAAUUAUACUGUUGGUAAAGAUAACUGUGCUGCUGAAUCCCCAUCAAAGGACAAACGAUCAACUGGUUGGCAGGUGUCAAAUUCUCUUAUUGGUUUGGUAUCAUCAAUCUUGCGCAAGGGCGAGGAUGAUAUAGUUCAGUUGUAUGCGUUAAAAACCAUAGAUAACAUAUGCAGUCAAGGGGAAGAGUGGGCAUCUCGUUUUGCAAGCCAUGAUGUUAUUGAAAAUAUUUGUUACAUUUAUAAAGCCACAAACAAGCAGGAGAGUACUAGGCUUAUUGCUGGAUCUUGUUUAGUUCGCCUGGCUCAUUUCAGCCCAUCAACCAUACAAUUGAUCUUUGAGAGGCUUUCAAUCAAAGAUACUGCUUCUUCUGUCGUCAAGGGUAGUCAACCUCGCGAAAAACAAAUUUGUUUAAACCUCCUUAACAUGGCUAUUCUUAGUAACAAUUUGUUAUCUGGUAUCUUGCGGCAUCUUUCUACAUUGAUGGAUGAGUUGGUUCCAGGACUAAUAUUACUUAUUGAGCAAGGAAAUGAGGUUUUACGUGGAAAAACACUUAUAUUUGUUGCUCUUCUUUGCAAAAGUAGUCGUAGGUGGUUUGCCCGAUUUCUUUGCAAUGCUAGAUUACUAUCUGCGGUGGACAGAUUGGUGAAGGAGAAGGACAGCUUUAUUCAGCUCUGCAUGGAGACCUUUGUGCAGAUGGUUUCUUCUACAGUGCCUGAGAUACUUGAAACCGUUUCUGGAGAUAUACAGCAGAUUAUGGGAGGCAAAAGACAUGGAUUUGUGGCUUCUGUAACUGCAAGAAACAACACAAAAAAUACAUAUGAUCUAUUUCCUGCUAUUCUGAAUCUUCUUGGAAGCUCUUCUUUCAAGCAUAGAGUAGUGAGCAGCCAAGUCUUGUUCCAGCUGGCAAAUCUAGGAAAGCUUUUAGAAUCUCCUUUUCAGGGAAGAGAUGAUUUUCAGAUUACUUUGUUGAGGAUACUUGAAGCAGUCACAGAGGAAUCAUCUGUAAUUCUUAAUGAUCCCAAAAUUUUCACUGGUCGAAUUCUUCCUGGUCUUGCCACUUUGUACAAGGGUAACAAAGACGGAGAUGCUAGAUUUUUGUGUUUGAAAAUAUUGUUUGAUGUCAUGAUGGUGAUUCUGAGUGACACAUCAGAUGCUUUGAAAAAUGAUGAUGGGCAGAUUCUGAAGGCUUUGAAAGUGAUAUCAGAGGAACAUUUUCUCCCUCUUUAUUCCAAUUUUAUUAAGGAUGAAGAUCCCAUUCCAAUGUAUGCUCAAAAGCUUCUGGUGAUGCUAAUUGAGUAUAAGUACAUCAAAAUCUCUGACAUUUUGCAUCUUGAAACAGUUUCAGAGUGCUUUGAGUUUCUGCUGAGUGAUCUUUCUCUUGCAAAUGUCAAUAAUGUGAAGCUCUGCCUUGCGUUGGCUUCUUCUCCUGAGAUGGAGACCAGGAUACUAUCUCAUUUACAAGUUGUUAGAAGGAUUGGAAAUCUUCUUGAGUUUGUGAAUGCAAAUGGAAUGGAAGAUUUCCUAGGAUCAACACUUGGUCUUUGCAAGGCAUUCCUUCUGCGUAGCAUAGGAAUCAAUAAAGGAUUAAUCAUUUGUAAGGAACCAGCUCUCCUAGGCCACACUGUCUUUGACAGAAGCCUAGAUGCUGAUCAGCAAUGUUGCAUCGAGGAUAUAUCUGAUUUGAGUUGUCACAUGAGUGCAUUUUUAGAACUGAUUGGUAAUUCUGAUACACAGAUCGCAGAUUUGGCAUCUGAAUGUGUCGUCUUAUUGGUCAAAGCAGCAUCAAGAGAAGCUACGAUGGGUCUUUUGACGAAUCUUCCUAAAAUAAGUGGACUUUUGGAACGUUUGAAUGAGGAAGCCUCUAUGUUGAAGUUGGUGCGGUUGUUAUAUGCUCUUGCUUUUGCCUGUAAGCAAUACUUAUCACAGGCGAUGAUACUCUCAAUUUCUAUGGCAGACGUGAUGCGGAUAGAAGUUCUGCUUUCAGAUCUUAAGAACUCAUGCGUCCCUAAUAUUUCCAACGCUGCUUUAAAUUUAAGCACAGAGUUGCAGCGAUUGCCUCGCUGUGUCUGAACUGAAUAUAUCCUGGUAAAGUUAUUUAUGACGCCACUAUUUUCUUUUUGUUGGUGUCUUGCUGUUUUUCCUUGUGAAUUUGGUGUACAUUUGGUUCCUGAAGAGGCCAUUGACAUACUAUCUUGGCUGGAACAGACAAGCCUAAUUGCAAUGAGCAUACUCCUGUGUUAGAUGUAUAUUAGUUGGAUUAUAGCAUGAAGAUGGUGUUCAAAUUGCAUGGAUCUCAUGGAUAUUGAGGGCAUUUUUUCAUAUUCAAACCAUGGUGGGGUUAGAAUAUAUUACGCAAGUGUUACUUUAGUUACAAGAGAGAAAUGGAGAGAGAUUAGAGGGUGAGAGAAUGAUAGAGAGGGAAGUGGUGGAUGCCUCUUUCAUCUUCUUUUCUACUCUCCUCCAAUUCUCUUGUUACACACACUAAUGCAUUGUAUGAUACCUAACAAAUAUUGAUUUGAAGGAAACCGAGAAUGUAAUACUAUAUGAAUUAGGUGAGGCUCCUUAGGCCAUCCAAAGUUCUGCUUGUGAUCCUCUAUGGCUUAGAAUCAUCAUUGACUCAAGACACCUUUUUGCAGGUUAGUAUUUUUAUCUUUAUUUAAUAUU